GGGCAAUCGUGUCAAAAGGAAGCCCAUGGCCAUAUGGUUGAUCGAAUUAAAUAUCUUUAUCCCACCUAUGUCGCUGACCUUUCUUCCUAGCCAUCUCUUUCCUUGUAUUUACUUACCGCUCCGUCUCUUUCUCUCUCUCAGUCCUAAGACAUGGAGAGUUAAUUACACUACAUUGAGCUCUCUCUCUCUCUCUCUCAUCUCUCAUUUUAGAAACCGUGCUUUGGUGUGACUCUGUGAGUAUAGCAGCAGUAUAUAAAGAGCCGCAAGAGCCAGAAUCUUUUCGUUGCUGAUCAUCACCAAAAUCAUUAGUCGCCGAAAUGGGGCGAUCUCCAUGCUGUGAUAAAGUAGGCCUCAAGAAAGGGCCAUGGACUCCUGAAGAAGAUCAGAAACUGUUGGCUUACAUCGAAGAACAUGGACAUGGAAGCUGGCGUGCCUUGCCUGCCAAAGCUGGCCUUCAAAGAUGUGGGAAGAGUUGCAGACUUAGAUGGACCAACUACCUCAGACCCGACAUUAAGAGAGGAAAAUUCAGUAUACAGGAGGAACAAACCAUCAUUCAACUCCAUGCUCUCUUAGGAAACAGGUGGUCGGCUAUAGCCACUCACUUGCCCAAGAGAACAGACAAUGAGAUCAAAAACUACUGGAAUACGCAUCUCAAGAAACGACUGGCCAAAAUGGGGAUCGAUCCAAUCACCCACAAGCCCAAAACCGACGCAAUCUUGUCCAACGACGGCCAGUCCAAGCAUGCAGCCAACCUCAGCCACAUGGCUCAAUGGGAAAGCGCCCGCCUAGAAGCCGAAGCCAGAUUGGUCAGACAAUCAAAGCUACGCUCCAGUUCAUUCCACAACCCCCUUGCUUCUCCAGAGUUUUCCUCCCCCUCCAGUCCUCUCAACAAGCCGGCCCUGGUCCCUCCGGGGCCGCCACGCUGUCUCGACAUACUCAAGGCGUGGAACGGUGUAUGGACCAAGCCCAAUGAUGAUCAAGCCGGUACAAGCGCUGGUGGUGCCGCGGCGUCAGUUACCGGGCUAGCCGGUGACCUGGAGUCGCCCACAUCUACACUUAGCUAUUCCGAGAACGCACCCCAAAUGUCAUCCAACGGAAUUGGAGAUAGUUCCACGGCUUACAUCGAGUUCGUGGGGAAUUCAUCGGGGUCUUGCGAGGGGGGAAUGAUGAAGGAAGAAGGUGAAGAAGAUUGGAAAGGCAUUGAUAAUUCCAUGUCGUUCACUUCUGGACUUCAGGACAUGGCCAUCACUGUGGACAAUACUCAUAACAGUGCAUGGACGGGGGAGUCCCUCAGGCCAAGUCCUGAUUCUCAUCAACAUGUUAAGCUGUCUGGUAACGCCUCGAUUAAUUGA